AUGGCGACCACCAACGACCUCCCGGCGCUCGACGUCGACAGCUACGACUACAUCGUUGUCGGUGGCGGAACUGCCGGCUGCGUGAUUGCUUCGCGCCUGGCCCAAUACCUGCCCAACAAGCGCGUGCUCGUCAUUGAGGGCGGCCCCAGCGACUAUAUGGAUGACCGCGUCCUCAACCUGAAGGAGUGGCUCAGCCUCCUCGGCGGCGAGCUCGACUACGACUACCCAACCACCGAGCAGCCCAACGGCAACAGCUUCAUCCGCCACUCCCGGGCCAAGGUGCUGGGUGGCUGCUCCAGCCACAACACCCUCAUCUCUUUCCGUCCCUUCGAGUAUGACUGCCGCAACUGGGUUGCCAAGGGCUGCAAGGGCUGGGACUUUGAGACCUUCACCCGCAUGAUCGAUGGCCUGCGCAACACUUUCCAGCCCGUGCAUGCCCGUCACCGCAACCAGCUGUGUAAGGACUGGGUCCAGGCCUGCUCCACCGCCAUGGACAUUCCCGUUAUUGAGGACUUCAACGCCGAUAUUCGCAAGAACGGCGAGCUGACUGAGGGUGUUGGCUUCUUCAACGUCUCCUACAACCCGGAUGAUGGCCGCCGCAGCAGUGCCUCCGUUGCCUACAUCCACCCCAUUCUGCGUGGCGAUGAGAAGCGCCCCAACUUGACCAUCCUUACCAACGCCUGGGUCUCUAAGGUCAAUGUGGAGGGUGACUCCGUCACCGGUGUCAACGUGACCCUGCAGUCCGGCCUCAAGCACACGCUCCGCGCGAAGAAGGAGACCAUCCUGUGCGCCGGUGCCGUCGACACCCCUCGUCUGAUGAUGUUGUCUGGCCUGGGUCCUCGCGAGCAGCUCUCUGGUCUCGGUAUUCCCGUCGUGAAGGAUAUCCCUGGUGUCGGGGAAAAUCUGAUCGACCACCCGGAGAGUAUCAUCAUGUGGGAGCUCAACCAGCCCGUUCCCCCCAACCAGACCACCAUGGACUCCGACGCCGGUAUCUUCCUGCGUCGUGAGGAGCCCAAUGCGGCCGGUUUCGACGGCCGUGCCGCCGAUCUCAUGAUGCACUGCUACCAGAUCCCCUUUACCCUCAACACCGCCCGCCUCGGCUACGACGAGCCUAUUAACGCCUUCUGCAUGACCCCCAACAUCCCCCGCCCCCGCUCCCGCGGUCGUCUGUAUCUCACCUCUGCCGAUCCCUCUGUGAAGCCCGCGCUGGACUUCCGCUACUUCACCGACCCCCAGGGCUACGACGCGGCCACCAUUGUGGACGGUUUCAAGGCGGCCCGUAAGAUCGCCCAGCAGUCGCCGUUCAAGGAGUGGAUCAAGCGGGAGGUCGCUCCUGGCCCCGAUGUCCAGACCGACGAGGCUCUGUCCGAGUAUGGCCGCCGUGUGGCGCACACCGUGUACCACCCGGCAGGUACCACCAAGAUGGGUGACGUGACCCGCGAUCCCAUGGCCGUGGUGGACCCCAAGCUGAAGGUCCGCGGCCUGAAGAACAUUCGCAUUGCUGAUGCCGGUGUCUUCCCCGACAUCCCCACCGUCAACCCCAUGCUCACGGUCUUGGCUAUCGGUGAGCGUGCUGCGGAGUUGAUUGCCGAGGAGGCUGGCUGGACCCGCUCUCAGCCCCGUCUGUAA